GGCACCAGUUACUUUAGUCCGGCCAGGAGAAGGAGUCUUGAUGUCCGGCUUCAUACAAAUAGGGAACUGAUCCUCUUGAUUUUACAGAGACUCGAAACUGGGUUCAAAAGCAAGUAACCGGCGGUUGAUCGAAUUUAAUUUGCAUGCAAGAGAAAAAGCUGGGGUGACUCUUCCAUCUGCAGACUCGGUUGCUUCGCCACUGCCUCUGUAUUCAAGGGGCAGAUCAAUUUGUUUAGUUGACACGGCUGCAGAGAAGAUCGAAACUAAAGAUUAAGGGUAAAUGGAUGCUCAAGGAUUUCUUUGCUCCGAGAGAGCCCCAAAGAAGCAAGGGAAAGAUCUUGACUACGGUCCUGAAUACCGAAGAUCGUUCCCUUUGAACUCGAUCAGUCUCACGGUGUCCCUUGAGAGUAGGCCUACCUGGGUUACCACUGCCAACUUGAAUUCUGGUCACCUUAGAUUCGAUCCUCAUGCCGAAGACGGUGUCAUAAAGAAUGUUCGCUAUUUCGGUGCUCAAUUUGAUGCUCACACGUUGAUGAAGGCAAACAAUGAAGAGGAUGGUGACAACAAGCUCCCAGUUGGAGAAGAUUUUUACCCAGCCCUUCAUAGAAUGCUGAAGUGUAAGAAAGACUGGGGUGAAGACUUCUGUUUUCGUGGUCGGGCAGUAUUUGAGCAUGGCAUUCUAGAAUGGAUGGAAACCACCCUAACUGAAUUUGAAGAGAUAUUAGACACAGCUGGUAUCUUCUGUGCAGUUGCUGUUUCCCGUUAUCCGUAUGAGUAUUGCAGUAAUGUGUGGAGGGCAUUCGGUGAGCUAUGAGGGCCUUUAACAAACACUUUUCACCAUGCAGAUGGGGAAAUAAGCAUCUCUUUGCAUGAUUUGAAUGUUAUUGGAGGAUUGCCGGUUUCAGGAGAACCAUACGAAGAAUUCAUUCCUCCAAAUAAAGAUCUGGUAAAGGUUGAAUUAUACCAUUCUACGGUUGCAGAGCUCUUGAGGAUUUAUACCUAUCUGUGCGCUGCUUAUAAGAGCAGAUAUGUCUACUGGCCAUGGUGGAUCGAACAUUUUUAUCGUGGGGAGAUAAUUUACGGAGCCUAUGGUGAAUGUAAGAAUUCUGGGGUUCCGAAACUGAGAGAACCAAAGCUUGAGUUGAAGAUUUCAAAGCAAGGAAGACUGGCUGCAUUCCUCGCGUUCUGGCUUAGCAGGUUCGUUCUCCCCUCCAACAGUAAGAAGAUAAGGCCUGAGACUUUCUAUAUGGCCUCUUUGAUGGCACAGGGCAUCAGGGUAUCUCUUGCGCCCACAGUUCUGGGUUAUGUGUACCAUGGUCUUGGUGAGAUGGCUACUCACUCUGCUGGUCCUGGCUCUUCCAACUCUUGUUUGCCUAUCCACUACGUCAUUGGCUGGCUUGGAGAAUAUUUUCCUUAUCUGUACUCAUCACGUUCUGAUAAAGAAUUCCCAGGAGGGUAUCCUCGUUUGGCCAGGUAUGCAGGUGUUCAAGGCAGGAGUUUAAGCAUCACAUAGGCUCGUAUGGUUUUCAGGACCAACAAAUCUGUCGUGCAUCGCCCUAUCUCUGUAGCCUGUGAAAAAGACCGUUUUUUGCUUGAUGACAACAAAUUGCCUGAUGUGUUAUUUGAGGUCCUCAUCUGUAUGCGUUCUGCAGUGCUUCCUGUGCGAGUUGGCGAGAGUCUUUUCCUUGAGCCCUAUUAUCCAAACAGGUUUGCUCGUCGAUUUGGUCUUGAUCAGAGUGUUCCCUCUAGCAAGCUAUCCUUUAAUGUUUCUAAAAGGCAGCAAUGUGGUGUUGAGGAUCUGCUGAAAGCACAGACUAUCAUGUAUAGGAAGAACACUACCUCUCGUUUCUUUAUCCCACGCUCUUCUCGUUCUGGACAGUGUACAUGGUGGUACUGCAGGUGGUGGUCAAGAGCUUGUACUCCUUACUUGGAGCUAUCGGUGUCCAAAACCUUCAUGACUUUGAAUAAGCGCCCUCCCGAAAAGCCACAACGUGUUUUCGUUGUGCAGAACUUGAGAGAAAUUUCUACUGGUUUGAAACAAGAGGUUAAAAUCUCAGAGGUGGAAAAGUCUCUUCGAAAAUCUCGUGAUGGAGCUUCUUGUUCUAAGGCCAGUAGGGCUCGUCCCACAGAUGAACGUGGUGGGCACAAAAGAGUUAGACUUGAAAAGGUAGUUGAAGAGACUGUCGUUAUCCCAGUGAAGUCUUCUUCAAAUGGUGAGCGUGAGUUGGAUGUUCACAGUCCUUUGAGAGCGGAAGCUCUAAAUCAGGUCAUUGAGAAUGAAACGAUUAUGCCAACCAUCUGUUUGAGUGAAGCUUCUUCAAACCAGGCUCUGUCACCAUUGUCAAAUAUGGAGAACUCCAUAUCUAAUUUGCUUGGUUCAGAACUGCCGUCCUUCAAGAAGAAUUACCUCAUUGCUCAGGUUGUAGACAUUUACACUAAAGUUUCUUCAUCUUCGACGCCAAAGGAGCUAUUAGUCCAUGUUUUGGACAUCAGAUCAAGUCUUGACAUGCUUCGCCCUGCAAUUAAGCCUCUAAAAGAUGGAAAGCUGCAACUUGAAGCGUUUGUAACUGCUAUUGAGAAGAUGCUAGAGGUGGCGGACCAGUCGUUAGAUACUACUAAGGUCCUUGAGCAGAAAACUACCAUGGAUGUUGAACUUGAGGAGUGUAAUAAAUCCAAGGGAAGUUUAGAGUCUCAGCUUGUGGGAUCUUCCAAAGAGCUUGAAGCCUUGAAAGCCACGGAAUCUGAUAUCAUAGCAGAUGAGCAGCGUGUUCAGAAGAGGCGAUCAGAAUAUAAUGCUAAGAGACAAUCUCUUGAAGAUACUCUGCAGGAACUGAAGGAUUCCUUGAAAGAGCAUGAUGAAAUAGGCCAAAAGCUUCAAGAAGACAAAGCUGUUUAUAUGGCGGAGAAACUUCCUGAGAUUGAGCAGGCUUCGGCUUCAUAUAAGUUGGAAAUAGAGGCGUAUCAGAACCUGUUCGAUUCUUUGUUCCCAUUAUUCCAUGUGUGCACCACCUCAGUACAGACUUGAGGUAGUUUAGGAUUCGGUUUUGGGAGCCUGUUCCCACCGUUUGCUCUUUGUGUAGGACUUUUGUUUCCAUUUUCCAUAGCUAGUGAUUGACUUCGUCCUUCUCUUGAUUCUGAACUUUGAUAAGAUGUACUUCAGCUUUA